AUGCCUGUUGAUAAUUCUUCUCACUUAAUAAAUAAUUCUCACACAUCAAAUAGCAAUAUAAAAAAUAAAAAUGAAAAAAUUGAGGAAAUAAAUAAAAAUAAUGAACAACUAAAAUUAGAAAAUGUGCCUUUAUUGGUCCGGCAAGAGGAGGAGGAGGAAGAAGAAAAAAAUAAAAAAAUUUCUUCUCCUUCAAAAAAUAAUAAUUUUUAUAGAAAAUUAAAAGAAAAUUUUGACGAAAAAAAUAUUUUGGGAAAAGAAGAAGAAAAUAUUUCUGAUAUAGAAUCGAAAGAAGAAUUUUCUAUUAAAGGAAGAAAAAUGUCCUUAAAAGUUUUUGAUUCUAAAAUAGGGGGGAAAAGAAGGAGAAAAACUUCUUUAAUUAAAGAAAAGUUUGGAGGUGCAAGUUUUGGUGAAAUGUUACGUUAUGCUGAGGGAUGGGAUUGGCUUUUACUUACUAUAGGAAUACUUACCAGCAUAUUUGUUGGUGCUAUAACCCCAGCAACAUCUAUUAUCUUUCGUGGUAUUACUGAUGUUCUUAUGGAAGGACAACAUAGCUUGGAAAUUGGAAAUUUAGAUAUGGACGAUUUUUCCAAGAAAAUAACUCACCACGCGUUACUCUACUCUUUGCUUGGAGUAACUACAUUUAUCAGUAGCCAAAUAUCUAUGUCAGCUUUUUCAACUUUAUGUGAAAGGCAAAUUCAUAGGAUUAGACAGCAUCUUUUCAAAGCGAUUUUGGCACAAGAACCCGGAUGGUUUGAUCGCCCUUCUAAUCAAAUUGGAGCAUUAACCCACAAAAUGAGCUAUGGUGUUGAGAAAAUAAAAGCUGGCAUGAAUGAUAAGGUUGCAAUAUGUAUCCAAGCUAUAUCUUGUUGUGUAGCUGGAAUAUUUUAUGGAGCAACGAUGAGUUGGCGAAUGACAUUAGUUAUGUUGGGUGUUUCUCCAUUUCUGGUCAUUUCUUUUGUCGGUUCUGCCACCGCUGCUUCAAAAUUAGUAAGAAAAGAAAUGAGCGCCUAUUCAGCGGCUGGUGCAGUUGCUGAAGAAGUACUUAAUGGAAUUAAAACUGUUACGUCUUUUAAUGCCCAAUAUUUCGAAAUUGGUCGUUAUAAGAAACAUUUGGACGAGGGAAGAAAGACUGGAAUUUGUAAAGGUACCUGGAUAGCUUUCUUCGCAGGUAUUCAUUUACUUGUUAUGUUUGGUUCGAUGGGUGCUGCUUUUUUGUACGGGACGUGGCUUGUAUUGCAAGGGACUAUUUCUCCUGGAACUGUAUUUGCCGUAUUCUGGUCAGUGGUUGCCGGUGCAUUGCGUAUUGGCCAGGCAUUGCCAGAAAUUGGGGUUAUUGUAGCUUCUAAAUUGGCAGCUGGGGAAUUGUUUUCAAUAAUUGACCGUAGCCCAACUAUUGAAGCUUGUAAUGAAAGUGGAAUGAAACUUGCUAAUGUUAAAGGAGAAAUAGAAUUUGUUGAUGUUCAUUUUACAUACCCAACAAGGCCUAAAGUACCUAUACUUAGAGGAGUUUCUUUUUCUGUUAAAUCUGGAGAGUCAGUAGCGUUAGUUGGACAUUCUGGAUGUGGAAAAUCUACAAUGGUUGGACUAUUAAUGAGAUUUUAUGAUUCUAAACGUGGUUGUGUUACUCUUGAUGGGUUACCAAUACGCGAUUUAAACAUUAAAUGGUUACGCAACAACAUAGCUCUUGUGCAACAAGAACCGAUACUUUUUGCGGAUACUGUUGAGGCAAACAUUCGGAUGGGGAAAGAGGAUGUGACUGUUGAAGAGAUGAUCGAUGUUUGUAGAAUGGCUAAUGCACAUGAAUUUAUUUGUAAAUUACCCGAAGGAUACCGUACACGUAUAGGCCAGGGCGGUGUGCAACUUUCUGGUGGACAGAAACAAAGACUAGCAAUUGCUCGGGCAUUAGUUAGAAAUCCUCGUAUUCUCCUUCUGGACGAAGCUACGAGUGCAUUAGAUGCAGAAAGUGAGCAAGUUGUACAGGAAGCACUUGAAAGAGCUAGUUCCGGUCGGACAACUAUUACAAUUGCGCAUCGACUUAGCACUGUUCGCAAUGUUGACCGCAUAAUUGUUUUUGAACGGGGGCAAAUUGUUGAGACGGGGAAUCACGAAAAAUUAAUGUCCAACCCCGAUUCAGUCUAUCGUCAAUUGGUUCUUGCUCAACAAAUUUCUGGAAACAGUUCACCAGGCUUCGAGACGGAUGAAAAUUCGUCUGAUGACGAUAUUGACAAUAAUCAACGAAAAUCUUCAUAUCACCAUACCCCUAGAGCAAUAAGAAAUUCUGUUGCUAGUCUAAGCAGUAUCACAAUAAAUAAUAAAAUGGCACGUGCCUCAGAAAGAAUAGGUCGUUCAAUGACUUCGGUUAAUGAAGGAAAUGAGGAGGAAAUGGAAGAAUUGGAUGAAGUUAUGCAAGAAUUGGAAGCAAAACCAGCUUCUGUUUGGGAAAUUUUAUUGUAUGCAAGAAAAGAAGUUUUGUUUAUUGUUGUUGGAGUGCUCCUCGCCCUAUGUAGAGGAGUAUCUUUUCCUGUUUUUUCAAUAAUUUAUGGCCGAUUAUUUCUUGAUCUAUCAAAUUCGAUUGAACUCCAACAAAACACAAUUAACAACACAAUAGUUAAUAUUACACAAGAAGAAAGUGAAGAAGAAGCAGCACUAAAACUUAACAAUUUACAUAUAUCAGCAAUAGCUAAUUCAAUUGCUUUUCUCCUUCUCGGCUUUUGGGGUGCAAUCACUACGUUUGGAUCGGGAACUUUGUUAGGUAUUGUGGGUGAAAGGUUAACUCAACGUUUGCGAUUGGAUGUAUUUAGAAAUAUUUUGUCACAAGACGGCUACUUUUUUGACAACGAGCGCCACUAUAGCGGCAAACUUUGUCAGCGUCUUGCAAUGGAUGCUCCAAAUGUUCAAGCAGCAAUUGACCAAAGACUUGCAGAAGUUCUUCAAGGAAUAGUUUCUGUAAUUACUGGGAUAAUUGUUGCCUUUUAUUUUGGUUGGAAUGUUGCCCCAAUUGGAUUGACUACAGCAGCUAUUUUGGUUGUAGCACAAACUUCUGUUACUAAUUAUUUGAAGAGAAGAGGAAUGAGGGAUAUGUUACUUGCUGAAGAUGCUAGUAGGAUAGCAGCAGAGUCAAUAGAAUAUGUCCGUACUGUUCAAGCACUUAACAGGCAAAGAACUGUUUAUGAACGAUUCCGUUCGGCAGCAAAGCUUCCACACAAACUUGCUUUUAUUAGAGGUAUUUGGACUUCUUUAUCGAUAGCAAUUAGUUCAAGUUUUGUUCCUUUUAAUUUUGCCAUUACCUAUUAUUUGGGACUUUGUUUAAUUCAAAAAGGAUAUACAACACCUUUUAUUCUAUUCCAAGUUGUUGAAGCAUUAAAUUUGGCUUCAUUUACAAUAAUGACUGCGGCGGCAUAUUUUCCUGAAUAUAUGAGAGCUAAACUUUCUGCUGGCUUAAUGUUUGCAAUGGCUAGUCUUCGCCCCCGCAUCGAUUCUCUUUCCGAUACUGGUCUUGACGCACCAAUUACCGGCCAAAUUGACGCCCAAAACAUCAAUUUUGCAUAUCCAAAUUCUGGAAAUUUCCAUUUAGCAUUAAAUGGGUUUUCAUUGACUGCUUUAGCCGGAAAAACUGUUGCCCUAGUUGGGCCCAGUGGGUGUGGAAAAAGUACAAUGAUACAGUUACUUGAACGAUUUUAUGAUCCUUUUAGCGGAAUAUUAAGUAUCGACGGAGUAGAUAUUCGUCGUUACAAUAUUCGACAUUUACGAAAGUCAAUCUCCUUAGUUGGCCAAGAACCUACUUUAUUUGCACUUUCAAUAAAAGAAAAUAUAACUUAUGGACUUGAUAAAGACGAUAUUAAUGAAGAUAAAAUUAAAUUAGCAGCAAAAUUAGCUAAUAUUCACGAUUUUAUUGAAUCUCUUCCUCAAAAAUAUGAUACUCCAGUAGGCUCUCGUGGAGCGCAGUUAAGUGGGGGACAAAAACAACGUAUUGCUAUUGCACGUGCAAUUAUUAGAGAUCCAAAAAUUCUUUUGUUGGAUGAAGCAACUAGUGCAUUAGAUACUGAAAGUGAAAAGGUAGUCCAACAAGCAUUAGAAGCAGCCCGUACAGGCCGUACUUGUUUAGUAAUAGCUCAUCGCUUAAGUACAGUUCAAUCUGCCGAUUUAAUUAUUGUAAUGCGUGAAGGACAAGUUUUGGAGAUGGGGACACAUUUACAAUUACUGCAGAGUGGGGGGCUUUAUUAUAAACUUGUACAGAGGCAAAAAUAA